CUUCUACCGCUCCGGCUCUCAGCACAAAGAAGAGAUGGCGACUGCAGCUUGGUUACUGGGGCGGCGCAUGGCGAACUGGAGGCUGCAGCCGCUACUGCAGCCGCUCGCCGGCCUGAUUACCCAGCGGGCCAACUCGCUGUUGCCCGUGGACGACGCGAUCAAUGGGUUAAGCGAGGAGCAGAAGCUGCUUCGUCAGACCAUUUCUAAGUUUCUUCAGGAGCACCUAGCCCCCAAGGCCCAGGAGAUUGAUCGAAGCAAUGAAUUCAAGAACCUGCGAGAGUUUUGGAAGCAGCUGGGGAAACUUGGAGUCUUGGGCAUCACAGCCCCUGUUCAGUAUGGUGGCUCCGGCCUGGGCUACCUGGAGCACGUGCUGGUGAUGGAGGAGGUGUCCCGAGCCUCUGGAGCAGUGGGCCUCAGUUACGGUGCCCACUCCAACCUCUGCCUCAACCAGAUUGUGCGUAACGGGAAUGAGGCCCAGAAGGAGAAGUACCUCCCCAAGCUAAUCAGCGGUGAAUACAUCGGAGCCCUGGCCAUGAGUGAACCCAAUGCUGGCUCUGAUGUUGUCUCCAUGAAGCUAAAAGCAGAAAAGAAAGGAGAUCACUACAUCUUGAAUGGCAACAAAUUCUGGAUCACCAAUGGCCCCGAUGCUGACGUCCUUGUUGUCUACGCCAAGACAGAUCUGGCUGUUGUGCCAGCUUCUCAGGGCAUCACAGCCUUCAUUGUGGAGAAGGGGAUGCCUGGCUUCAGCACCUCCAAGAAGCUGGACAAGCUGGGGAUGAGAGGCUCUAACACCUGUGAGCUAAUCUUCGAGGACUGCAAGGUUCCUGCUGCCAACGUCCUGGGUCAUCCAAAUAAGGGCGUCUACGUGCUGAUGAGUGGGCUGGACCUGGAGCGGCUGGUGCUGGCUGGUGGGCCCCUUGGGCUCAUGCAGGCCGUCCUCGACCACACCAUUCCCUACCUGCACAUGAGGGAGGCCUUUGGCCAGAAGAUUGGCCACUUCCAGCUGAUGCAGGGGAAGAUGGCAGACAUGUACACCCGCCUCAUGGCCUGUCGGCAGUACGUCUACAAUGUCGCCAAGGCCUGUGAUGAGGGCCACUGCACCGCCAAGGACUGCGCCGGUGUGAUUCUUUACUCAGCCGAGUGCGCCACACAGGUGGCCCUGGACGGCAUUCAGUGUUUGGGUGGCAAUGGCUACAUCAACGACUUUCCCAUGGGCCGCUUUCUGCGAGACGCCAAGCUGUAUGAGAUUGGGGCUGGGACCAGUGAGGUGAGGCGGCUAAUCAUCGGCAGAGCCUUCAACGCAGACUUCCACUAACACCAAGACCUUUCGCCCCAUUUCCCAGCACCUAGAGGCCUUCUCUGGAAGGAGAGAUGCGGCCACUCUCCUCCAGGCAGGCCCCGCUGCUUGACGGCCGCCAAGCGCCAUGGGCCUCAGAGCCGGGCCAGUCCACCAGCCCAGGAAAAGCAGGCAGUGGCUUAAAAUGGACUCGUUGGGAAGCUUGCUGGCUCUUCUGGGGCUCUCUGGAAGGGCUUUGGUGACUCUCUGCCCUUGCUGUCUAACUUCUGAGGCUGAUGCCCCCCCACCUCCCAGGGUAGGCACCUUUCUCUUGGUUGAGGCUCUGCCAGGGAACCCUCUCCUCAAGGACACCAGAAGCAUUGCCCCUCUCCAUUUAUUUGAACUUGUAGCCUCUUUUCUUUCUGGGGAAAAGUACUCCUAAACCUAGACUUUGUUUCUGCCGAUUUCUAGAGGCCUCGGCUCCCAGCAGCUUGUGAGUAGGCGCUUGCUCUGCAGCAGGCCCUCGAUCCCUCAUUCUUUAGGGCUGAAACCCUACCACGCUGGGGUGGAGCUCUGGGGAUGGGCAUCUCAGAACACCUGUGCCACCCAGAAUCCACGGUGGGGCAGAGGUCAGCAUGCUCAUGAAGGACGGGCUCCAUGCCUCCAGCACUGGGCGGCCGCUGCCACCGUCCAGUCCUGGCCAUGUGACAGCCCACAGCUGACUGGGCAGUAGUCCUGGGUUGGCUGGCUCAACUCCAACCGAGGCCGCCUGCGUACAUUUCUCUGGAUACCCUGGGGCUAAUUUCGUUACAACUGCACAGUGGCUGCUGCCAUUUCAAAUUAAACAUAUUAUGAAGCAAACCCA